UCCUCAAGAAUUUGUGGCGUAGCUCGGUCAAUACGGGCGUUGGUAUUAAAGUCGUUCGAGGGAUGAAAGAGGGUCCUCUUCACCUUGGCAUCUUCCUAACUCAUAAUGACCGCUUCUCGCGCAUUGAUGUGGGGCGUCAUCUGCCUCGCGUUUUCUAACUUUUAUUAUGUGGUGAACGCUGCCAAAUGCACUCAUCCAGUGGUCAGAAGAGAGUGGCGUACUCUAUCAAUCGCUGAGAAGGCCGAAUGGAUCAGAGCGGUCAAGUGCUUGACAACAUUACCGCACACGGAUGCCUUGACGCCCCUCGUGAACCCCUCCGACAUCCCGCCCGUCAAUACAUCUGGAUCCUACUACGAUGAUUUCGUUUAUAUCCACAUGGACCUAAACACGCAUAUUCACAGCACGGGUUUGUUUCUGCCAUGGCACCGGUGGUACGUCUCAGUGUACGAAGUUGCGCUCAAGGAGAAAUGCGGCUUCAAGGGCGUUUCUCCAUACUGGAACUGGAGCAUGGAUGCGUCGGACUUUGAGCACGGCACUAUCUUUCAGGAAUCCGACCGUGAAAUUGGACUAGGCGGAUGGGGCGACCCGUCCAAAGACUUCUCCGUGACAGAUGGCGCAUUUUAUGAUUUUACGCUUUCAUAUCCGUCUCCGCACAUCCUCCGGCGCAAUUUCACCCUCCAACCCUACAUUGGAUUUGGGGACCAAGAAAUUUUCACGGACCCCGCGAAAUAUGCCAACACUAGCUUUACGUUCUCAGAGAUGCGAAAGUUGACUACUGGUUAUGAGGGGGACUUCAAGGGCUUCCAGAAAUACUUUGAGGCUACCGAAGGUGCGCAUGGAUCAGUUCAUCUGAUCAUGGGAGGUGAUCUUGGUGGGUCAUGUCCAGCAAGUGCUAUAAACUGCACUGGUGGCCCCACUUUCUCUGCAAACGAACCUAUGUUCUGGCUACAUCAUGCGAUGGUGGACAAGGUUUGGUACGAUUGGCAGCGAAAACAUGCCGUCAAUUUCUGGGCGUACGAGGGAGGGUCUGUGCAGAACUUGACCUCUCUCGCUGCCAUCGACGAGUAUCCUAAUGGCAUGCCGCCUGCGCUAUCGCUCAAUUCCAUAAUUCCAUCUGACGGGUUGUUCCCUGAGGUCACAAUUGCAGACGUGUUUAAUACGACGGGAGGCUAUCUCUGCUACGUGUAUGAAUGAAUGAUACCUAUUGUGAACUUCCUAGACUAAACCUUUUGGUGUACUGAAGAUGUUGUAUUCCAACUUGUUCUGGUAUUCUAUUUAGCGUUGUAUGGCAUACAUUUGAAUCAGAGCAAUGUUGUUCAAUGGUCCCUUCCUUUAUCGCUCAAGCUCCUUCAGUAUUUACCCUUGCUACGAGUUACAGGGUCAUCGACGGAGUGUUUGUUUGCUUGUGUUAGCAUCUAAAGUGAUUGCCUUAUU